AUGGACCAGCAAAUCCAGCAAGCGGUGGAAAUCGCCCUACUGGGAACGUCCGACAGCGCCCUUAAGAACCAGGCCAUCACCUUCAUCAACGAGAUCAAGCUGACUGAAGAAGGUUACAAAACUUGUGUUGAUCUCCUUCUAGAUCUGUCCAGUCGAGAUGGCCCACUUAACGACGGUCUCAAGUUCUUCAUAUUCCAGGUCAUUGAUGAGAACAUCGAUCGGUUGCUGCAAGAGCAGCUCUUUACUCUAGACAGUAGCUUGUUCAAGUACUUGGAGAACGUUUUGCUGAAGAACAGCGACAGCGAUCCAGUUUAUUUGAAGAACAAGUUUGCCGAUCUUCUUGGUAAACUUUUCUGUCAUGUCUACCCUCUGUUAGAUACUGCAUUUCUUUCCAACUUGUUGAUCCCAGUCCAGUCCAAAAACCUUGCCAGUGUUGAUUACUAUUUGCGUAUCUUGAUUGCCAUCCACUUCGAAAUUGGUGAUAAACUCAUUGCGCGUGCAGAUGGUGCCCAGGAACGUAAUAAUCGCUUGAAGGACUUGAUUCGUGACCGUGACAUGGCUGCGUUGGUUACUAGUUGGAAAACCAUUCUUUUAGAAUUCAAAGACCCUGUCAUUGCAGACAAUGCUUUGAAAGUUGUUGGAUACUACAUUGACUGGAUGGAGAUUACAUUAUUUAUCCAAAAGGACUUUUUGGACGAUAUCUAUGGUUUCUUGUACAACGACGACUUGCGCAACCAAGCUUGCUUUACCAUCAUCGAAAUCAUUUCCAAGAAGAUGAAGCCUGCCAACAAAUUGCAGCUAAUAAACUUGAUGGACCUUGGCUCGGUUCUCAGCUCUUUAGACAACGUAGACUUGGAUUUCAUUGAGAAUCUUGCAAAACUUUCCAAUCAAAUUGGUCUAGAAUUGUCAAUUGUGUUGGAAAAUGAGCCUUCGCUAGUCUCUGAGAUCAGCGCCCACUUUCUCAAGUUAUGGCCCACAGUUCUUGAGUUUUUGGGUAACGAGUACGAUGAUGUCUCCCAGCAGGUAUUCCCGUUCAUUCAGCAAUACUUGUUCGUUACCAAAAAAGUUCCUGCAUUGGCGUCGGAAGAAUUGCUCUCCACUUUGUUGAAGAAAAUAAUCGAAAAAAUGAAGUAUGAUCCCGAAUCUUUUGAGGACGACGAAGACGAGCAAUUUGACGACAUUCGCCAGAAAUUGAAGCAAUUUCAAGAUACUAUUGCAUCUCUCCAUCCUGCUUUGUAUUUAGAGAUUCUUCCUGUCAUUAUUAAUAAUUCCAUUUUUUCGGCUCUGUCUGCGUCCGACUUAUCAGGUUGGGUGUCCAUAGAGUUGGGCCUCUACGAAUUGAGCAAUUUUGCCGAUUCGCUCAAGAAUAAUUUGAUCAAUCUUCCAAAAAGCGAAAUUCUGACCUCGAAACCAUACCAAUCGGUCCAGGAUUUCUUAAUCAAGAUUAUUGACAACUUCCAUUUAAUCAACCACCCAAAAAACCAAUUAGCAUUCUUCGAGUUGAUUAUUCGCCAUUUCACAACGAAGAACUUUUCCAACACCACUAACACAGACCUCAAUGACUUAAUCUUCAAGAUCAUGGAACUUUUCUCCGAAUAUGGCUUGUUCAAUGCUGUUGAAAGUGUUCGUUUGAGAUGCUGGUAUUUGUUUUUGAGAUUUGUCAGUGUCACUAAACCAAAGUUGAACUCAUAUUUCCUCGAAACUUUUAUUGUCAAGCUCCAGGUGUUGCUAGUGAUAAAAGCUGAAUUACCCACGAAGAAUGAAGACGACGUCGUGGUAGAGAACGGCAACUUCGAUAACCAGCUCAGAUUAUUCGAAGUGGUUGGUCUAUUAGUCGCUUUCGCCGAAGACGGACUGGAUGCCCCCAAGUUUGUAGAUAUCCUCUUCCAGCCUCUCUUCAGCACUUUAGAAACCUGUGUUUCUUAUGAUAACAAAUUAGACCCCUUGAUUGCAUUACAGGCACAUCAUCUGUUGAUGGCAAUGGCUACUAUUGUGAAGGGUCUUGAUACCCAAAUUCCUGGAAAAUCUGAUUCCAUGAAAAACAAUGCCGACUUGGUAAGCAAAAUCGACAACGCAGCUCAGGUGGUAUUGAUCACUUUGGAGAACUUCAAUAAGUUUGAAUCCGUGAGAGAUGCUUCGCGUUUUGCAUUUGCUCGAUUUGUUCCUAUUCUUAAUCUUCUGAGCAGUUCACAUGUCAGCAAGUUGGUUUCAUUAAUUCUCACCUCUCCAGAGCUCCGGAUAUCUGAGUUGGGAGACUUCUCGGGAUUCAUUGGCCAGCUUGUGCACUUGUUCAAGAACGACGACAUCAUGUUCCAAUUAUUGAACGACGUGUUGACGCCAAUGAUCAACAAGGUCUACGACUUGCUCGAGAUGAAUGACGAAAACUAUCCUGAUUUGGUUAGAGAAAAGUAUGGCUUGAAGAGAGCGUUGCUUACUUUUGUUAGCACGUUGGUCAUUAACAACCAAUUCUCUUUAUUUCUCACAGAGACAAACAAACGCAUUCUCCCCAAGGUUUUAGCCUCCAUCGUGGACUUCUCGUGCGACUUGAAUGACACUGUGACUACUAAGGCUGCCAUCAUUCAGUUCGGUAAUGUUGUGAAUGUCCUCGGUUGUAAUGCUGGUAAAAUCAAUGACACAAACGAUAAGUUUGCUCUCACUGUGGCUGCUGUUGAUGGUAUCGAUGACUAUUUGAUGGAGAAAACAGUUGCAUUGGCAUUUGAAAUGCCUUUCCGUCAAAAAGAAUUCGACCUCAAGGAUGCACAGAUCCGCAACAUUUCGCUGGAGCUUGGUACCUUGUUGAGAAUCUACCAAAACCGUCUGAGUCAGCAGGAGUUUGUUACAUACUUAGCGAACUAUCUUACCAACAUGGGAUUAGAGCAAAGCAUUGCAGGUGACUUCUGCAGCAAGUUGGUGGAGCUCGAUGUCAAGGGGUUCAAAAAAUACUACAUCUCUUUCUUGACCCAAUUCAAGGGCAAUUGA